AUGGUCUACUCUGCCAGACAAAUCGGAGCCAAAAACACCUUGGACUACAAGGUCUACGUCGAACAAGACGGUAAGCCAAUCUCCCCAUUCCACGACAUCCCAUUAUACGCUGAUGAAUCCAAAAAAAUCUUGAACUUUGUUGUCGAAAUCCCAAGAUGGUCAAAUGCUAAAUUGGAAAUCUCCAAGGAACAAACUUUGAAUCCAAUCAUUCAAGAUACCAAAAAGGGUAAAUUAAGAUUUGUUAGAAAUGUCUUCCCUCAUCAUGGUUAUAUUCAUAAUUAUGGUGCUUUCCCUCAAACUUGGGAAGAUCCAAAUCAAACCCAUCCUGAAACUAAGGCAAAAGGUGAUAAUGAUCCUUUAGAUGUUUGUGAAAUCGGUGAAGCCGUUGGUUAUACCGGUCAAGUCAAACAAGUUAAAGUCCUUGGUGUCAUGGCUUUAUUGGAUGAAGGUGAAACUGAUUGGAAAGUUAUUGUUAUUGAUAUCAAUGAUCCUUUAGCUCCAAAAUUAAAUGAUAUCGAAGAUGUUGAACGUCAUUUACCAGGUUUACUAAGAGCCACUAAUGAAUGGUUCAGAGUUUAUAAAAUCCCUGAUGGAAAACCUGAAAAUCAAUUUGCAUUCUCUGGUGAAGCUAAAAAUAAAAAAUAUGCUGAAGAAGUUAUUAGAGAAUGUGCUGAAGCUUGGGAAAAAUUAAUCAAAGGUGAAACUCAACCUGGUGAUAUCUCUUUAACUUCAACUGUCUUGAAAGAUGUCCCAUCAUUUGAUGAAUCUGCUGCUUCUAAAGUUCCUGUUGGUUCUCAAGAUUUAAAAGAUGCUCCAAUUGAUAAAUCAAUUGAUAAAUGGUUCUUCAUCUCUGGUGCUUCUGCUUAA